UUCUAUAUAUAUAACGAACGUGAAGCACUUGUGGAAGACGUCAUAUCCAACCGCCGCUCGAGGACAAGUGACGUCACCAACACCGCGACGCUCCUUACCGACUCCGGACCGCCGAGCAAGCAAAAGGUGAAAACGCAACAAGAACGACCACCAGCAGUGGGACGGCCGGCGCCAUGCUGACCCUGGGGAGUCUCCACAUCCUGCGGCUUCCGGUCAGAGCGUGGUGCGGCUGUGCCUUGGCCAGAAAGCCUCCUCUUCCUCCUCUUCCUGUUGUUCCUCCUCCCGCCUACUGCUCUUCAACUCUCCGCCACGUGUCGUCAGGGGGCGCGGAUCCCGGUUGGUACGAACAGGCGGCGCUCUCUGCCCCCGUGCGCCUGGCUGAGGACGUCCUGAUCCAGGUCCAGCAGACCAGCGGUCUUCCCUGGUGGCUCAGCAUCGCCUUCAGCACCCUGACCAUCAGGACGCUGGUCACCCUCCCUCUUGCCGCCUACCAGAUGCGCGUGCUCGCCAAGGUGGAGGCCCUGCAGACGGAAAUUGCGACGCUGGCCGAGAGACUGCGGUACCAAGUGUCAUUGAGGGCCAGCGAGCGAGGUUGGACGGACAAGCAGAGUCGUUUCCAGUUCCGGAAGAAUCUGCGGCGUUUGGCGUCGCAGCUGUACGUGAGGGACAACUGCCACCCUUUCAAGGCGUCGCUGCUAGUUUGGGUCCAGCUGCCGCUUUGGAUCGGCCUGUCGCUCGCCCUCAGGAAUCUCUGCGCGCCGCACUCGUUGCUCCACGCCUCUUUGGCCACAGGGGGCACGCUGUGGUUCCCCGACCUGACGUCACCUGACUCCACGUGGCUUCUGCCGCUUGCCCUUGGACUGACCAAUCUGUUCAUCGUGGAGCUGUUUUCCCUCCAGAGGUCCAACGUGUCGUCUGUCCACAAGGCGGUGACAAACGCCUUGCGAAUGUUGUCCCUGUUGAUGAUCCCCAUCGCCGCCGGCGUCCCAUCGGCAUCUUUUUCCAUCCCUCCAGGCGAUGGCGCUCUACUGGUGGUGCUCCAGCUUGGUGGGCUUCAGUCACAAUCUUCUGCUUCGCGCUCCCGCUCUUCGCCAGAUCCUCAGACUUCCCACGCGGCCUUCCGACACGCCCUACAAAGACCUGAUGGACGCCGUCGUCAGGAAGUUCCGCAAGUAAACGGGAAGUUAUUGGCGGCUGUGCGGGAAGUGGCGCCCAAGCCCACCGCCGGGUCUGGGUCCAACUGAAACACAAAGAAAGUAAUUGGAAGAUGAGGAGAAAGCCAGAGGGGUAGCUAUUUCAGCAAAAAGGAUGCGACCCCAAACGGCACACUUGAAGCUGACUCACGUCUCUGACUGGCCGACGACCACAGACAAAGAUGCUCCUUGGGACACGCCGUCGUCACUGGUCCCGGAAUGGUCCCAAGUCCAGAUCACAGACAAAAUUCAAAUGUCUAUACAGUGGAGCCUCGGUUUUCGACCACAAUCCGUUCCAGAAGGCUGUUCGAGAAGUGAAUCGUUCGAAUUCCAAAUCGUGUUUUCCCAUUACAAAUAAAGGAAAGAAAUUUAAUCCGUUCCAAAAAAAACCCGCCUUUUUCAAGCAUUUUUUUCAUUUGCGCAUUUUUGUCAAAGGCAAAUCUGAUGCAGGACGAAUAUAAGGCAAAUAUGUUCUUAACCUUUUUUUUAAGGCAAAUAUGUUCUUAGCCUUUUUUUUUCCCCUUUUCUUCUUAGCUUACAGAAAACUUUCACUGCGGGGAAUGGCUUUUAGUACGAGGAUAUUUCUGUAAUUAUGUUUGUAGCGUGCUCAUUGAUGAACUUCCUUGUUUUAUGAUCAUAUUUUUCAAUUACAUCUGACGUGCAAAAGGUUCACCGCAACCUAAAUACCUGA